GCAGCAACAACUAAAAGGACCACACCAACCAUCAACUACUACCACCACACCCGAAACGAAGCCAGUACAAUACAUCCUGGCGAGGCAUCAGAAGUAACCCUGCCCACUACUAAAACAACCUCUGAAAUCAACGAGCCAAUUGGUCUCAAAAGAAGAUACCAUGCAUCAGCGGCAAGAAGAGAGUUGGCUAAGCAAGAUCCCUUCAUGAUAGAAGAUGACACUCCUCUCCCAAUUCCUAUUCCUCGAACAUCUCAAAGCGUCUCAUUGCCGUCCAAGUCAGCAUUACCGACCGUCACUGAUAUCAAGAAACCUGUGUUACUCAAAGUGUCAGGAGCUGAUCCAUUCGCCUCAUAUAACAGAGAUCUGAGAAGAAAGUCCCUCUUCGACGAUGUCGAUCAGAGCCUGAUGAAUGCAGUCGAACUUCAAUCGACCUAUCCACCGAAACUCGUCUUGGCCCGUUCGAAUUUCAGUGGUGCUUAUGGGAAUUACAAUGGUGUUGCUCCUCAUACCAAUACCGGUGCUAGUCACGACAGAAGUUCAAAAAUGUCUCCAAAUUGCUAA